GUUCCUGCUCACGGGUGCGCAUGCGUAGGAGCAACUAGGUCUUCCGGUUUAUAAAAGCACAACACAUGAACACAAGACUUGGCAUUUAUCACUCUUCGUCAUUUGUACAUGACUCUAAAGAUACAGAAGCUGAAAAGUGUAGAGACAAAUAAGAUUUUGAAUGACCGCUGAUGUAAACAUGAGAGACCAGGUGAACCAAGUCUACACAUCUCAUCAUGGACAGGCGUAAUCGCCAUUUCUCCAAGCUGUUUUUUAUCAGAACAUGGAUAAAAGUGAGUCCUGCCAUGGCAAAAUACCUCCUGGUUGGACCAGAGACGUCAGGCAGCGACAAACAGGCAAGACCGCAGGCAAACUAGAUGUCUAUGUCAUGAGCCCACAAGGCCAGAGGUUUCGAUCAAGAGCUUCUCUGAAAGCAUUCCUUACGAAAAACGGUGAAGACAUCGACAUCGAUCUCUUUGAUUUCACAUCAACCAAAAAAGAUGUCACCUCUUUGCAAAGAAAGAGAAAAAAGAAAAAGCGCACAAGAGGUGGACUGAAGGACACAAAACAAACACCGGAUCCUGUCGAUGGUGACAUUAAGGACGAUCCUAAAGAAGCAAUGUGGGAGUGCAAUGACUCAGGUGACAGGAGUCUGCACACCAGCCCGAGGCAAGCGGAACCUACACCAGUGUAUGAUGAUGAUGUCACGCUGCAGAAGAGCCCUUUGACGGCGGGCCUGCUGAGGGCGAAGCUUCUCAGACUGGAUCCUCUUGGAGCUUCACAAGAAAAAGAGACAGUUUUACCAUCUCUGAAUGUUGAACCUCCCACUGAAGAUGAAGAUGAAGUGCAGAUUGACAUAGGAGAUAACGCACCCAAACCUGGACUGGUGGCUGACAAACAUCAAGAGGUGCAAAAGAAAUAUGUGCCACUGCCAAAGUCCAAGAAAAAGGUCAAGAUUUCAGAAGACAAACGCAAAACAAGCCCUUAUUUCAGCAGGAAUCGUUUUGCAGACGAUGUCAGUCCUCCUCGCAGAAAGGCCUUCAAGAAGUGGACACCUCCUCGUUCUCCUUUUAACCUGGUACAAGAAACCCUCUUCCAUGACCCGUGGAAGCUCCUGGUGGCCACCAUUUUUCUGAACAAGACAAAUGGUAAGAUGGCCAUUCCAGUCCUCUGGCGAUUCUUUGACCUUUACCCGUCUGCAGAGGUGGCCCGCCAGGCUGAUUGGAAACCCUUAGCUGAACUCCUCAAGCCACUUGGCCUGUUUGAGAUCCGGGCCAAAAUAAUCAUCAGGUUCUCAGAUGAAUAUCUAAGCAAACAAUGGCGAUACCCAAUAAAGUUGCACGGCAUCGGGAAAUACGGCAAUGACUCCUACAGAAUCUUCUGUGUGGACGAAUGGAGACAGGUGACACCUACAGAUCACAAAUUGAACAAGUACCAUGCCUGGCUUUGGGAGAACCAUGAGACUCUUGGAGUUUGAAGAGCGGUAUCCAGAGACAGACCUUCACUGUUUAUCAUCAAUACAUCAGCCUUACUUUUGCAUUAUGUAAUACUUUUAAGAUCUAAUUUAAUACAUGUUUAUCGUUAAUAUUUCUGAAAUGGUUCAACUUAUGCAGAUUUAUUCAUUUGUGGAACACUUUUUCUUGAUUUUACAGCAGAAAGCAAGUAUUUGAUGGCAUGUGAGGGGUGGUCUAAAAUGUACUCUUUAUUAUUGACCUUCCAAUAUAUUGAAACACCCUGAUAACAGUUAUACCUAGAAAGGUCUAAUUGUUUUUACACUAUAGUCAGAAUAUACAGUAGAGGAACAAAUAGUUGAUCAUCUGCUUAUCUGGUUACCUCCUUACAAAGAUAUGAACGACCCAAAGACGUUUUUCCUUUUCUUAAUCUAUUUGCACAAUUUUAUAUUGUAUAUAAGGAGCUGCUUUUAAUCUUAUUGUACAUGGUUAUAGUGACAAUAAAAGUCAUGGUGAAGGGCUAGUCCAGAAAUACAAGAGAGGGACUGGUUAAUAAUCAGUCACGAGGUAAAAAAAUAGUACACACUUUGCUUUGAUGGAUUGACUUCCUGCAGUGUCCACCUGCUCAAAAAGGGCAAGCAACACCUAACUGACCCAGCCAAGCCUUGGGAGACCUCAUGAAGACUUCACCGCAUUGAGGGGCUGGUAAUCAGGCCUUUAUCCGUGAAAUUUUGGAUGACAACUAUGCUGGCCCAAGCCAGAACACUGAAGCUGGGGUCGUGGAUGAGUCUUCCAACGUGACAUUGACCGAAAACAUACUUGUAUACACAUAUCACUCGUGUGUAGAACUUAACAAUUUGAGGAGAGGCCACGUUAUGCAUGAAAACGCGAAUGAAAAAAUCUUCCUAUGAAAAUUUACCACAAACAUAUUCCUAGCCCCUCCCUGCUCCGUCACUGAUUGAAUGUAAUGGCAAAUGUUCCCCGUGGCGCGCAGUGAUUGAACACAGAGUUGUCAGGCACUAAUGUUGUGUAUCAGAUAUGUGAAGUAUCACUUGCAUUUAUUUUUGUCACUGGUGUUGCUGUAAAAAAGCAAAGCUUGCUCAUUUGACUUUGUGGCCCAGACUGCUCUGUUUUAAAUUGAUAUUAAAAAGUGAACAAUUAA